UUCAAGUUAGUUCUUCGCUCUCCUACUCGGUCCCUGGUACCAUGGACAACGCCAGCGAUCGCUGUUUGUUGUUUGCGCAGCACAGGUCAGAUAGUACGUUCGAAGAUAUACCAGUCAUUGAUUUCUCCGAUGUGGACACUACGGAUUCACUGAAACGUCGAGCUUUGGUGGAUCAAAUUCGCGAUGCUUGCAUAAACGUUGGAUUCUUUUACAUCAAAAAUCACAAGAUCCCUGAAGAUGUUAUUACCGCUGCUGUUGAAAUUGGCAAGACAUUCUUCGCUCUCCCAGAGGCUUCUAAGAUGGAUCUUGAUAUCCGUAAAACCCCGAAUUUUAAAGAGUAUACUGCACUGCUUGGGGAAAAGACAGACCCAAACGGAAAGGGAAAGGGUGACCUUCACGAAGGCUUCGAUUUGGGCUGGGAAGAAAUCGACCCAAAUGGUGUACAGAAAGACACAUCUCGUGAUGACGGGGCGAUGUCAGGCUCAAAUGUUUGGCCAGAGCUCCCUGGAUUCAGGGAAAUUGUUUUGGCUUAUUAUCAUGCAACAAUCCAACUAGGCCGAUCACUAUUCCCUCUUUUUGCCUUUGCACUCGAUCUUCCAGAAAACUUCUUUGACGAUAAAACGACGAAACCUGCCGCGAUUAUGCGCCUACUGCAUUACCCUUCUCAAGAGCCUGCCGAAUGUGACAUGGAUGGGCAGCCUAUUGGCAUAGGGGCUCACACAGAUUACGAAUGUUUUACGAUUCUCUGGCAAGAUGAAAUCGGUGGCCUCCAAGUAAAGAACAACAAGGGGAACUGGGUCGACGCUGUACCGAUUCCAGCCACUGUUGUUGUGAAUCUUGGCGAUCAGUUUGCGCGUUGGACAAAUGAUGUCUUCAAGUCCACUCUCCACCGUGUGAUCAAUAAAUCAGGGAAGGAACGAUACUCCAUACCCUUGUUUUUUGGGACGAACUACGAUGUCAUGCUAGAGCCAAUACCCAGCUGCGUCUCUGAGGACUUUCCUCCUAAAUACGAAGUCGUUACAGCAGGGGAAUACGUGAAAUCGAGACUGGAAGCGACUUAUUCACAUUCUUCAGUAGCCCCUACUUUCUGAGAUCAAUCGAGUGAUAGGGCUUAAACUCGCCAAGAAUAGAUUGAAUUUCUGUUGA